AGAGGUGGGUAGAGAGUCACGCGCACGGCCAGAGCGAAUCGGGCCAGCCCGUCCAUUACCUGGCGGGCAGAGCCGCGCUGCGUCGAAUGCACAGCCUCACUUCUGGACAGUCGUUUAGUUCCGACACGCACGGAGCCAGCCCAUCUGCCACCUCCGCCUCUUCCACUUCCUGCUCCUCCACCAUCACCGCCACUGCCUCUGUUCCCGCUUGCCAUGCCCACCCUAUCUAUUACCAUCACACCUCCUCCUCUUAUAUCCUCCAGAUGGACUCCAUCCCCGACCUACCCCCUCCUGAUGUCACCUCGGGGAUUCGCUGUCGCACUGAGAGCUUUGGAGACCUAACUCGCUCCGACUCGGAUUCCUCCUUCCUGCACAUGAGCGACCAGCGCAUCCCUGCUCCCAAGUUCCUGCCCACCAGGCCUCCCCUCAGGCCUGCAGAGGAGGCUGCGUCAGGCCACCUUGCCAGCUACGCCCCGACCUCCAAUGAAGGCAGCAAGCACGGCGAGGCCUCCCCCCUGGGGGCUUUGCAGGAGCGGCUGCCCGAGAGCCCGGUGGUGGUGAAGAAGAUGAUGAUGCUGAACCACGGCAUGGCGAAGUCGUCCAGCCUCGGGGAGAUCAGCCACGUGAUGGCGGGCAGGCCGAGCCACUCCGACUCCUCCCGCUCACACAGCCCCAGCUCCACCGAGCCCGACACGCCCUCCCCCGUCUCUGACUCCAGGCCCAACAACGCCAAGAACACCCGCAUCCCGCAGCUGGCCCUCAAGAAGAACGCCGGGGAAGAGGACAGCGGCUCCACGGGCGAGGAGACUGACUCCAGCCAGGGCAAGAAAAAGUUCCCCCUAAAGAUCUUCAAAAAGCCCAAGAAGUAGAAGGAAGGAAGCCAACUGCCACC